AUGACGCGCCAAAUCACCUCGUGCCUGACGUGCCGCCGUCGCAAGGUGCGCUGCGACCGGCGGGCGCCUGUCUGCAGCGUCUGUCAACGGGGAAAUCACAUCUGCAACUACCAGACACCCAACCUGACGAGACUUGGUCCUGACACGCCAUCUGGCCCCUGGGCUGUGCAAAGCCAAGGGUACACCCCGACUCUGCAGUAUCAGGGAUCAGCCGGGACGAAGCACGACUCUGGUUCCGUGUCCUCAACACCAGCAAGUGGCACCGGCUCUCCAUCGGCUAUGCACACGCUGCCUGACAAGAGAGGGGUGCCCGCGCAUCAUAAUGGCAGUAUGCUUCUCUUGCAAGACGAGUGCUCCCGCCUCGUGUCGCCUCUGCAUUGGGCCUCCACGGUCGAGCCGACCAAGGCCACCGACUCCAUCGCAUCAAACGCGCACUCCGCCUCGCCAGGAAUGGACGAGGCCACGCGAGACGUACUGAUGAAUGUUGAUAGUGUCGCGCAGCGGCCAGGCGACGGCCAACAUCCCGGUGCCGUCCCCAAUCUGCCGCUGCCGUACACCGCAUCCCCUCCGGGCCAUCCUUCCUUCACUCACGCGCUGAUGGGCUCCCGCUCAGACGACGACAACAAGAAUCUCGCGCCGUACUACCCACAUAGCGCGACCGAGUGCCGAUUCCUUCUCGACGUCUUCAUCUCCAACGUCGAAGCUGUCAUUUGCCUCUUCCAUGAGCCCACACUACGGCAAGCAUUCGACGCGCACCUGGCACAGCAAGAGCUGUAUGCACCAGCCGUCGCGAUGACACCCGGCCAAGGAUCAGACAAGGCAGGCCACUUUGAGCCCUUGAUGUUUGCCAUUUUCUUUUCCGCUAUUUAUAGCAUGGACGCGGCCCAAGUGCGCGACAUUUUUGGUGCAACCAAGACGGACAUGCUAAAGAGAUUUGAAAGCGCCUUGAUCUCAGCACUGGAUGGGGAGUCUUUUACUUCCAGCUUGGCGCUCCCGGUUCUACAAGCCUUUGUACUCUUUCUGACAUGCCGCUGUCGCGAUGAUGAGAUGCAGCAGAUCUGGACCCUCGUCGGACUUGCUGUUCGCAUGGCGCAAUCUCUCGGCCUCCAUCAAGAGCCUACUGGCUUCUCCUUUGGCGCCAUGGACGCCAUUCAAGUCGAAAUUCGCCGAAGAUUGUGGUAUCAGAUAUUUUACCUUGAUGUCCGCACUGCUGUAUCGCAGGGUCUGCCGCCCGUAAUCACCACCGGAUCCUACACCACGAGGCUACCGUCAAAUGUCGACGACAAUGACAUUAUGCCUGGCCAGCCGCCACUGCCAGACCAUUACGACCCGCGCAAGUUCACCACCAUGACCAUCCAGCUGGUGCGCCUGCACGGAGUGACGAGCAUGCAGAAACUGCUUCACAUGCUGCCCCGCGACAUACCCGGGCCGGAGCCCAAGCCAGGCGAUUACCAGCCGACCGAUGGUCAGUUGGCUGCCGCAGAAGAACAGGAAAUGCGCGUGCUCAUCGAAGCGACACUGGAGAAGAAUCAGAUGCUGUACCUGCGAUACUGUGAUUCGCGCAUCCCGCUGCACAGACUGACCCUGGUUCUUUCCAACCAUAUCAAGUGGAAGUUUUGGAUUUAUUAUUACUACCAAGUCCCCCAAGGCCAGCGAUCGUCGUUGGCACCAGCCCAGAAAUCCUUAAUCUUUUCCCAGUCCCUCAAUCUGCUGGACUCGUACAUCAGCAUGAAAACAGACACGGGACUUGACCCCUAUCGCUGGAUGAUUGACGGCCAUUUCGGUCUGCACGCCGCCUUGUACGUCAUUUCUGUCCUCGAGGAUACGCAGAGCAACGCUACUCUUGACCCGGACCUCUCUCACCGAGGCAAGCAGCUGCUGCAGAGCAUUCAGGAACUCAGCGCCGACACAGAAAGCAAAUUGGGCUCUUUGUUUAAUCAAAGGGCCCAGAAUCUCAUGGCACGGACGUCUGCGGAACCCGAGUACGCCGCGGCGCCGGACAUGGAUGCCACUCUUCUCCCUGCCACGGUCAUGUCAUCGGAUCUGGACGAUUGGGUAAAUUAUUUAAACGAUACCAUCUAG